AUGAGUGCAGUUGCACGUGCUUUUGCAACGUGGGCCGGCAACACACACUUGUCGUUCAGCCAGGCUCAAAGCGUUGAGACCGCGGAUCUGAAGAUGGGGUUUUUUAGGGGUGAUCAUGGAGAUGGAAGACCAUUUGAUGGGCCGGGUAAGAUCAUAGCCCAUGCUUUUCCGCCGUCUGAUGAGAGAUUUCACUAUGAUGCUGAUGAGACGUGGGUUGUGGGUGCUGUGCCUGGUGGUUUGGACUUGGAGACUGUGGCUUUGCAUGAAAUUGGACACUUUCUUGGACUUGGGCAUAGCUAUGUUCCAGGAGCUGUCAUGCAACCUCAAAUCCCAACUGGAUAUACUCAGGGCUUGAAUGCGGAUGAUAUUCAAGGAAUUAAAGCUUUAUACAACACUUGA